ACACCGAAGCAACGAGUGUUUUCUUCAGUCCCGGAGCUGAGAGACAGUCAGGCCGCCGUGAACCCCUCCGAGGCCGGAUGGUCAAAUCCAACCUCCAGCGGAUACUCAACAGUCAUUGUUUCGCCCGUGAAAAAGAAGGAAAACCUCAGUGUCAAAGCCAAAUGGAUGCUUUAAAUUGUAAUAAUCUUUCUGACAUGAUUAGCAAUCUGUCUCUGAGCUGUAGUAGUACUCCUGGUCCUGGGCCUCUGUGGUGUUCCGAUGCCCCUCUCCCACCCCUGAAGAUCCCAGGUGGGCGAGGGAAUGGCACACGGGAUCACUCUCCCUCAGCUCGGCCACUCUACACGGACAGGAAGUUAAGUGUGAUCGAACGUCCUGCUGGAGGUGGUCGCCCGGCGACGCUGCACUUCCUCAGCCGGCCCACUGUCUCUCGCGUGAUUAGCUGGGAGGCGGUUGUCCGCGGCGAAGCCCUUUACAUCGAGAUUCCUCGCGAGCCACUUCCAGAGGGCAGCAAGGAGAGCUUUGCAUCUCUGCUGGAGUUUGCUGAAGAACAUUUAAAGGUCACCAGCGUGUUUGUUUGCUUUUACAAGAACAGAGACGAUCGUGCUAAGUUGGUGCGUACGUUUAGUUUCCUGGGCUUUGAGGUUGUGAGUCCGGGCCGUUCCCCUGUCCCUCCUCGACCUGACGUCUUCUUCAUGGCCUACAACUUCGAUAGAGACUCAUCCGAUGAAGAUUAGACUCCUCCUUUCCAACCCUUAUACAAAUCACAUCUUUUCUCAUUUCGUUUCUGCUGUCCUUCACUUGUUCACAUCUCUGCUUUUGUUAUUGUAAUGGAGCCGAUUUAUUCAUGUAACGCAGGCUGACAUUAUUCCUUUCUCUCCUUCAUUUAUCAUUCCUCCAUCUUGAGCCUUUUUUUAGUUUUGGUCUAUAUUAUAAUCUUGUAUAAGAGGAAAUCAUUAGUAUGUUGUAAUUCUCACAGCUAUAAAUUCUGUCUAUUUGCUUUAUUUUGAAUGUACAUCAAAAAGGUCAUUCAGUUUACACUGUUUAUAGGUACUGUUCAACGCUGAAUUUUGAUUGGCUUUAAGGUUUAAAGUGUGUUUAAAAAUACUGGAAGUUAGCAGAGAAAUAAAGUGUAAUGAUUUUGUAAGUUCUGAUGCUCGGUGUGUCAUAGCCGAGUGGAACUAGGAAGUGAGCUUUGUAGGGCAUAAAGUUGUAAGUGCUGAAGCAUCUACCAAUCGAUCGAUGAUCCUGUUGGGUGAAUAUUGGUACGACGCCAAAGUGGCUUUACUGCCUGCUCUUUGAGUGUGUUUUUGUGCAUCAUAUAACUUGCAUUAUGAUGGAAUUGUCCACCCCUGUCAUGGUUUGGCUCUGUUGAUGUUCCCAGCUUUAGUGUUGUGCUUAUGUGAGAAAUAAAAUAGAUUUAAAAAAGAAAUAAAA